AUGGACCUGCAUUUGAAGACUGUCCAGAAACUUCAAGUGGUCAAGGUUGCCAAUGAGGAUGGGAUACUAGACCGGGUAGGCAGCCCCGCUGAACCGACGCCAGAACGGCGGACGACUGAGAAGCCCCUGAAGGACCCAGGGCAGAAGAACAAGACCCGGCUGAUCAAGCGGCUGCAGCACUAUUCCUGUGGAACAGCUGUAUUCGAUGUCGCUUGGUCCCUGGUGGCGCCCGCUGAAAUCAAGGAUGUGUCCCUGGCUGACCUGAAGCUGAAGGGACAUUUCGCGCCGCAACCAUCGCAGAUCGCUAGUCGGCAUGCAUUCUAUAAAUGGUCUCAGGCAGCCAACGAAACGAUUGCUGAAUACGUCUUGGCAUUAAGGAAGGCUGCACGCCCGUGCAACUUCUCCGACCUGGAGGAAGCGCUCCUUGACCGGCUCAUCUGUGGCAUGAAAGACGAGAAGCUGCAGCAGCGGCUGUUCGCCAGGCAAGCCCUCACCUACGCUGUGGCCUACUCAGAAGCGGUAGCCACUGAGGCCGCGGAGAAGGCAACACAAGAAGUUCGUGGCCAGGACAACGCAAGGUCUACAGAUUGCCAUCUGACCAACUGCUGUUCCUGCCCAUCGACCAUCCUAAAGACCGGAUCACGCUCUAGGAAGAAGAUCCACGUCACCGUCCUACUGAAUGGCGUACCAUGUGAGAUGGAGGUCGACUCAGGAUCUGCCGUAACAGUCAUCUCAUCAGAAACAUUGCAGCAUUUGUUCUUGCGUUGGAGUCGUCAGCGUUUGAAGCCGAGCAGCAUUCACCUCUCCGAUUUCUCUGUCCACAGAGGAUGUUUAUUGUGGGGAAACAGGGUGGUGGUUCCCCCCAAACUGAGAAACCAGGUUCUUGAGGCACUGCACGAAUGCCACCCCGGCAUUGUGAGAAUGAAGGGGCUGGCCCGAGGUUAUUUUUGGUGGCCAAAAAUUGACUCUGACAUCGAGAGUUGGGUACAGAGAUGUCACGAGUGCCAGCUGUCCCGGCCUGAUCCCCCACAGGCCCCGGUACAACAAUGGGAGAAAAGUCACCAGCCCUGGUUGCGAGUCCACAUCAACUUUGCGGGACCAUUUCAGGGCCAAAUAUUCCUAAUAAUUGUCGAUGCGUACUCAAAAUGGUUGGAGGUGGUCCCGACCUCCAAAAUGAUGGCACUAACUGUAAUUAAUGCACUACGCCACAUUUUCGCAACACAUGGCUUUCUAGACACUCUCAUGUCCGACAACGGGACUUGUUUUACCGCCUCUGAGUUCCAGGAUUUUUUGGCGGUGGCGUCGUUCCUCCUGCACCAGCACGUCACACCACAUUCAGUGACGGGGCAGAGCCCGGUGGAGAUGUUAAUGGGUCGUCGCUUAACAACUCUCCUCGACCGUAUGCACCCGGACCUAACCACGUCCAGACUCCCACACAGUGAGUCCACUGAUCGGACUAGGGGUUUUGAGGAGGGCGAGUAUGUUUAUGCGAGGAACUAUGCCGGAGGCCAUCGUUGGUUGCCGGCAACGAUAACCAAGGUACUGGGUUCACAUACUUACACAGUACGGCUUACAGAUGGUCGUGUCUUCAAGCAGCACAUCGACCAACUGAGGAAGCGGUAG